AUGAUAUCGCCUCUGCGCUCGCGGCUUAGGAAUGCCACCCUGCUCGGCGCACAACACCAUAUGCGACUAGUCUCUACAACAUCGCAUCCUCAGCCCGUUUCGCCAUUGUCUUUCGAUCUUCAUGCGCCUGCAAAUCCCAAAGCAGAUGAGAGAACUGCGCCAAUCAUUUUUCUUCAUGGUCUCUUCGGAUCCAAAAAGAACAACAGAGGAAUCAGCAAAGCUUUAGCCAGAGAUCUGAGGACUCAUGUAUACACAGUGGACCUUAGAAACCAUGGAGAGUCGCCUCACGACCCCCGCCAUGACUACACAGCCAUGACGGAAGAUAUCCUGGCCUUCAUCGACGACCAUGGCCUAAAGGAGCCCGUCUUGAUAGGCCACUCCAUGUAUGUUAUACGAGACAGCUGCAAACAUGACCAUUGGCUGAUUUUGCUCAGGGGUGCCAAGACGGCUAUGGCGGUUGCCCUCCGCUCUCCUGAGACGGUAGCAAAAGUCGUCGCGGUUGAUAAUGCGCCGACCGACACCAUGCUCAGCAGCUCCUUUGCUACCUACGUCCGGGGGAUGAAAAAAAUCCAAGAGGCCAACGUUACCCGCCAGUCUGAAGCGGAUGCCAUUCUCAAAGAUUACGAAGAGUCACUGCCCAUCCGUCAAUUCCUGCUUGGGAACUUGUUUCGUUCACCAGAGGACGGAUUUCAACGAUUUCGUGUCCCGUUGGACAUCUUGGGCCGAUCGCUAAACCAUCUUGGAGACUUCCCCUUUAAAAGCUCCCAAGAGGCACGGUACACUAAGCCCUCACUUUUUGUGCGAGGCACUCAAAGCAAAUAUGUGCCAGAUGACGUGCUGCCCGCCAUUGGCGACUUUUUCCCGUGCUUUCGUCUAGCAGACAUUGAUGCUGGGCACUGGCUGAUAUCGGAACAGCCUGAGGCUUUCAGACAAGCCGUGGUGAACUUUUUGCAGGAUCCAUAG